CCACCUCUGCGUCCAAGGGGGUUUCUCCUCCUCAUCCUCCUCCUCCUCCUCCUCCACCGAGCUUCUCCUCGGGGUGCCAAGUGCCGACCCGCAGAGCCGCAUGGCACUCUGGUCUGACUGGCAGUUGCUCGCCUUGGUGGACAUCGCGCAGUGGAUGGAUGAUGAGGGCCUCCCGCCUACGCUUUCAUUUCCCUCAUCAUCCCCGUCAACAGAAGCCUUGCCAUCUUCGAAGACACGCGCUGGUUGGUCCUCUCGUUUUGUGUUGUUCCUUAGAGGAGCUGGAAUGUAAACAACGGCCUUUUUCCAGUGGUGCCUCGCGUUGAAGACUGAAGACUCGACUUGGAAAGUGGAGAAAUUGUCACUUUUCAUGGACCUUGUUUAAUGAGAGUGAUAAUGUCUUAUGUGAACUCGGACGAGAGACUCGAGUUACGUACUUGUGAUUUUGUGAUCAACGCACGCGUGUCGUCCUCAACAGAUCUUGAAAAGCAAAACAAUCGGAAACAAUUUCGUAUUUCCACCAGACGUUGACGCUAUUUUCUAAGCCGAUAUAACUAUUUACAUUCCAAAUGAGCACGUGUAGACUUAGUGAGUGGAAGACUUAAAUAAUUCCCAGUGGUUCAUAAUUCACUGGUGAGUUGUAAGUGCAAGGACACGUUGAGCAUUUAUCCGAAGGAGAUGCUGCUAAGACCAAGCCAUCUGCUUGCCCCAUCUGUAAUAACAAGAGCAUUGAACUCUUCCAAGAUGCGAGGACUUGCAUUUGUCAUCAUCUUCUUACUCAGCGUUUGCAACGCAGGAGCUGAACCUGCCCAUAACGAGGUAAUGGUCGUGGAAGGCCACGAGGCCAACUUGCCUUGCGUCACUGUGCCUACCCUCACGCCUUACCGACAGAAAGGAGGAGAAGACGAGGACGACGACGGACAAGACUUGUCCAAACUCCUUCCGGAACGACCGAAACUGAUCAUCUGGUACAAGGAUGGCAUUCGAUCGAGUAUUUACAGUUACGACGGACGGGACCCCCGAAACGAGCGACACUGGUCCCCUCGGCGGAGUCUGGGCGGGAGCAUCAGUUUGACACUCCCUGCCUCUCCCUACGCUCGGCCGCAACUGGCCUUCCUGAACAUAGGCCACAUUCACGAAACGGACGCUGGCCUAUAUCACUGCAAAGUGGAGUUCCAGAGGGGACCCAGCAAGAGUACUUACACAAAGCUUGUCGUUGUAGCCCCACCCACUGCGCCCACGAUUGAAGUGUGGGCUGGAGGCAGAUGGCUCCACACCACCCACGAAACCUCCACCGCCACUGUGGAAGUCGGGACCGAGCUGACGCUUCGAUGCUCCACAUCCAGUGGGAAACCCUUACCUAAAGUCUCCUGGUGGAGAGGUGGCCAGCAACUUCUGUCGGAGUCGACGGAACACGAGGCCACCGUCAGUAGCACCGUCAACGUGACCGUGGUGCCAGAGGAUGCCCACACGCCCAUCGUGUGCCAGGCAACGAAUACCCACCUCGUGCCGCCUCUGAGGACGCCACUUCUGCUCUUAGUUUUGUCGCCUCCAAAAUGGCUCCGCGUGAUUGGAGCAGAUGUGGAGAUGUCCGCUGGAACGACUUACGUCGUUGAGUGCAGGUGUGUAGGAGCCCGUCCUCCGCCGGUCAUCACCUGGACCGUCGGAGGAGACGAACUGACGGAUGCCAUCUCUACGACCGAUUCCGAAGGGGAGACCACCAGCCGCCUCCGCUUCACUCCCAAGCCCGCCCAUUCUGGCACCCACAUUACGUGCACCGCCCACCCACCAGAUCACGCCCACCAGGCAGCCUCCCCCCACGCCACCCCGACGCUCUGGGUGAAGAGUGAUUCUGUGCCUCUGAAGAUCCUCUAUAAACCCGAAGUCCAACUGGACAUACAGCCCUUGAAAAAGCAAGAGCGAGUUGGGCCAGGACGACAAAGUAAUCACGACGAUUUCGACGCCGAAUCACCCAGCCGACCACCACCUUUCUCCCCAUCAGACACAAUUAGGCAGAACCAGAUGUUGACUUCUGAUCCUGCAACAAAACCAGGAUCCCCCAAAAGCGCCAUGAAUGACGGGGACGGGAAGGACACUGGGAAAUGGGCGAAGGAUAAGGACAAACUGGAGACCAAGAAGAAGAGUCUGGUAACGAAGGAGAUCAGCAAGGGCAAGGGAGUCGUCACAGUUGACGAAUUCACGGGCGUCGUACUGCAGUGUAACGUCAGAGCGAAUCCUCCUGCGUACCACGUCAGCUGGCAUAGGAAUGGCAUUCCCCUAUCUCCUGUCACGUCUCCCGGCCUGCUGCUGGGGAACAUGAGCGCCGUUUUCCAAAAUCUGAGCAGGAAGGACGCAGGCAACUUGACCUGUACAGCCCACAACCAGGAGGGAUCAUCUCGCAGUAGACCUGUUUUACUCCACGUCAACCAUGGUCCCGAUUGUGCAAGAGACGCUGCCAAAAUCUUGGGCGUCCCUCGGCAUCAUACUCUGAACGUCACAUGUGAAGUGGAUGCCUACCCUCCUCCAGACUCAUUUUCAUGGGCUCUGAGGUCUUCCAGGGGCAUUCUAGCCGUGCCUCCCGAAAUGAUUCAUUUUUCGGGCACGACCUCUUGGAUCGUGUACACUCCAAGAGCCAACGUAGAUUUCGGGGACCUCCUUUGUUGGGCGCAUACCCCAGUCGGUCGCCAAGACGAUCCGUGUGUGGCCCAGCUGGUGUCUGCCGAGAAACCCGACACCCCAGAGAACUGCAAAGUGACCAAGAGAUCGCAGGAUAAGCUCUCGGUAUCCUGCAAGGCAGCGCAUGAUGGGGGACUCCCUCAGACGUUCUUCAUGAAGGUCUUCCAUGGCGGCCUCCAGGUCGCUAACAGCACAAGCGUCAACCCGGAGAUAACGGUGUACGACUUGGAACCUGACACUCGGUACCGUCUGACCAUCUGGUCUGCCAAUACCCAUGGCACGAGCACUGGCCACACGAACCUCUACACCUCCACCCUGCCCUCCAACACCUCUUCUACGACGAGUAGCAUGAACGGUCACUCGUCCAACAACCACAGGGGCCUCCUGUCGAAAUUCGGCUCCUCCAUGCUGGCAGUGGUCGUGGUGGUGACGGUGGUUGGUGUCGUCGUGGGAAUCAUCGUGGGGAUUAUGGUCCGGAAGAUUGACGGGAGAUCCCAUCAUUCCGGGCGCGACCAGGAGGAGGAAGAGGAGGAGGGGGAGGAGAGGCCGCCCACGCUCAUUAACAACAACCAGAUAAACGUAGCUAUGGCGGGCAUAGGGAGGAGAGUUCCGAAGUGCCUCGAGCCCUUAGGGACAUCUACAACACGCUAUGACGUGAUGACGAACCCCGGAGGUAAGAGCGACAACCAUGUUUACGAUGAUCCAAUCACUCUCAGAGGUAGAACGUCUCCCGAAGGGGCACCGAUGGAAGAGGAAAACAUUGAAGUCACCCAUCAUGACAUCCGCUACCCCCCGUUUUCUAUGACGACAACUGAUUACUUUCAUCAGUCGCAUAACUUUUCUUGGCAUUUACCCAACUCAAGGCUUUUACGCAACAAAUUUAACCAGAGAUACCAGACAAGCAGAGGAUGUCCCCGCAAACCUGUCCGUGUAGAAACGCCCAGAUUACCUGAAUUUGAUAUCAGCACGACGGUCACUACCCGGAGGAAGUUCCAGGCGCCGUCGGGCAUGGAGUUCAGACUCAUCCUUAUUCCCGAAACGAGCAAGAUGCUUCAAGUAGCUUUAGAAAGAGAUACGAGACUGGCAUCCUAUUUGUGCCACGAUUCGCACGUGUCGAACUCUCCCAUGAAAUUCCCAACUAUCACCGAAGAGGACGAGCAGAAGAACGCAGACGCUCUCGACGAUCAUUCAGUCACCCCUUACGAAUCAACGCCAGAUGACUUCACAAUAGAAAACGGACAGAGUGACACUUCUGAGCUCUUACCCAAGUGUUGCAACGUCGAGGCCAGAGCAAUGGUCCACUCGGAAAAUCAGGAAUUGAAUAGGAACAGGCUAAACUACGGACGUUACAGACACCUGCAAGAACGGACGGUCUCCGAUUGCGCUUUCGACGAUUUACAAAUUACACCCGAGAAGAUCCCAACGCUGACGAUUUAUGGAAACGGACACGGGAGGCAGUCGCGCGGCAACCAAACAAAACGCCCGAUAUCCUACCAUCUGAACGAGACCAGGACCACCCUACAGAACAUCGCCAACGUCAGAGCGUCGACGAGACUUCAGAGGAACUCGUUUCCCGACGUAACUUUCAGAACAGACAACGACGACGACUCCAGGAUGAAGGUGGCACUCCUGGGGCGCCAAGACGGAAGGGGAAACGAGACGCCCAAGAGAGCGGCGCCCUCGAACCCUCUCGUGGGAAAACUAGGACGGCACCAUCCUUACGGGAUGCCUGUCAGCAAUAUAAGGAAGGGCAUCAGAUCUCCUCAAGCUCCGCCUGUCAAGAGUAUGGAUAAUAAGGUCGUCCAGUCGGGUCAUCCUCCUCCAGCCAACAUGAUACCGACGUCGCCCUUCUCGUUGCUACGGAAGCCCAAAGUCGGAGUCACGUCUCUGCUGUCUCUCGUGUCCUCCUCGUCGUCGACGUCGUCGCUGUCGUCGUCUUACGCCAGCAAGAGGGGAAGGGGGUCAAGGGAAACGACCACCUCGCCACUGUCGGAGGGCAGGAGGCGCGUCGUCAGUUGCGGGAGCAAGAAGCCAACCUUCAGGAACCUCAAGGCGCGUCCCAGGAGCAUCCACCUGAUCUCCGGUCCCGAGCAGGUCCUCCAGUGGUGGGGGGAGGAGGAAGGGGACAACAACGACUGCCAGUCGUCCUCGACGCCCUCCUCUCCGAGAUCGUCCACUUCUUCGUCGUGUUUCCCUUAUUCGUCCAUGUCUUCGUCGCCCGUGUCUUCUUUCUAUUCCUCCGAGAAUUCGCUCUCGAUCUCGACCGCUUUUUCUCACUCUUCGUCUUCUUCUUCUUCUUUCUGCAUGUCAUCCGGCUCUGGGUCGUCCUCCACAUCCAGUUCUCCAUUUUCAUCCUUCUUGUCUCCCUCGCUGACUACUCCGGCAUCCUCGUCCGUUCUGUCGCUUUCGUCUUGCUCUCCAACUCCCGAGUCGGUCAUGUCCGGUCAUAUCACUCCCACAUAAAAUAGUAACAGUAAGAAUUUCGCAUUUAAGGUCAAUGAUGUAUAUAUUGAAGGGCUGCGGAUGAAUCAGGGUGUUACUUCACGUGCAAUAUCGCAAUUGUUCAGUGUACAGAUUAGUUGAUAAGACUUUUUUACAUUUUUAUAUUCUUUCAGCAAGUAUAUUUUAUCAAAUGUAUUGAAACUAUACCACACAAACGAUCAAAGAUACGUAAUGUAUGGUACGUAAAGUUGUAAAUAAAUAGCUUUUACAAUUAU